GCCAGCGAGAGUAAAAAGCCGGGUGCCAGAGGAGCAGUACAUAAGGGGCGUCCAGUCAGGUAGACGUGAGCACACAUCCCGUGAAAAGCACAGCUUCAUUUUAUUUCUUGAUCUUCAUCAUCAAACACAACAGUCAACAUGUGCGACGAAGAAGUUACCGCUUUGGUUGUUGAUAAUGGCUCCGGCAUGUGCAAGGCCGGUUUCGCCGGAGACGAUGCCCCCAGGGCUGUGUUCCCCUCAAUCGUCGGACGCCCAAGACAUCAGGGUGUCAUGGUGGGUAUGGGUCAGAAGGACAGCUACGUCGGCGAUGAGGCCCAGAGCAAGAGAGGUAUCCUCACCCUGAAGUACCCCAUUGAACACGGUAUCGUCACCAACUGGGACGAUAUGGAGAAGAUCUGGCAUCACACCUUCUACAACGAGUUGCGUGUGGCUCCAGAGGAACACCCAGUCCUGUUGACAGAGGCUCCACUGAACCCCAAGGCCAACAGGGAAAAGAUGACCCAGAUCAUGUUUGAGACCUUCAACGCUCCAGCCAUGUACGUCGCCAUCCAGGCUGUAUUGUCCCUGUACGCCUCCGGUCGUACCACGGGUAUUGUGCUCGACACUGGUGAUGGUGUCACCCACGCCGUCCCCAUUUAUGAAGGUUACGCCCUCCCCCACGCCAUCCUCCGUUUGGACUUGGCUGGCCGUGACCUCACAGAUUACCUGAUGAAGAUCCUCACUGAGCGUGGUUAUUCAUUCACAACCACAGCUGAGAGAGAAAUCGUGCGUGACAUUAAGGAGAAGCUGUGCUAUGUUGCUCUUGACUUUGAACAGGAGAUGGCCACCGCCGCCUCCUCCAGCUCCCUGGAGAAGAGCUACGAGUUGCCUGAUGGUCAGGUCAUCACCAUCGGUAACGAGCGUUUCAGGUGCCCAGAGUCCCUCUUCCAGCCAUCCUUCUUGGGUAUGGAGUCCGCUGGUAUCCAUGAGAGCACCUUCAACUCCAUCAUGAAGUGCGACGUUGACACAGCCAUGUACGUCGCCAUCCAGGCUGUAUUGUCCCUGUACGCCUCCGGUCGUACCACGGGUAUUGUGCUCGACACUGGUGAUGGUGUCACCCACGCCGUCCCCAUUUAUGAAGGUUACGCCCUCCCCCACGCCAUCCUCCGUUUGGACUUGGCUGGCCGUGACCUCACAGAUUACCUGAUGAAGAUCCUCACUGAGCGUGGUUAUUCAUUCACAACCACAGCUGAGAGAGAAAUCGUGCGUGACAUUAAGGAGAAGCUGUGCUAUGUUGCUCUUGACUUUGAACAGGAGAUGGCCACCGCCGCCUCCUCCAGCUCCCUGGAGAAGAGCUACGAGUUGCCUGAUGGUCAGGUCAUCACCAUCGGUAACGAGCGUUUCAGGUGCCCAGAGUCCCUCUUCCAGCCAUCCUUCUUGGGUAUGGAGUCCGCUGGUAUCCAUGAGAGCACCUUCAACUCCAUCAUGAAGUGCGACGUUGACAUCAGGAAGGAUCUGUACGCCAACACUGUCCUGUCCGGAGGCACCAGCAUGUUCCCAGGUAUUGCUGACCGUAUGCAGAAGGAGAUCACCGCUCUCGCCCCAAGCAGCAUGAAGAUCAAGAUCAUCGCUCCACCAGAGAGGAAAUACUCCGUAUGGAUCGGUGGCUCCAUCUUGGCCUCUCUGUCCACCUUCCAACAGAUGUGGAUCAGCAAACAGGAAUACGACGAGUCCGGCCCAAGCAUUGUCCAUCGCAAGUGCUUCUAAACUAACUCUGUCUCUAGCUUUUUUAAUCAAAAUUAUCUUUCUUCUUUCUCUGAACUACAGCCCUUUGUGAUAAUUGGUAUGUGCUUCAGUGACUCUCGACGUCGCAUCUUUCUCUUCAACAUGUGUCUACCUUUUAACGGUAGACUGUGACUUUCUCGGGACAAAUGUUAGGUUAGAAUCCGCUGGACUGGUGUGUCAAAUGUGGACGUAGUAUCUAUUGUAGAUUUCCUUGUCAAAGUGGACUAGAUCUGGAUAAAAGGGCAGGUUUUUUUAUUUUCAAAAAGGAAAUCGGCGUAACAAAAAGUAAGUUAAAGAAAUGCGUGCGGUAACCUUAAGGUCAAGAAACACAAUAACCAAAAAACUUUGAGACCACUGCCGUAUCUGUGAAGAAAAAACAAGGAUCACAAAACUUUUGUACGAUGUUGUAAGUGCAAUCUCAAGUUUUUAAUAAAAUGUACACCUAUAACUGUU